AUGCUGGAAGAGGAGUUGAAGACGCAGGUCGCGAAGCAACUGGAGCUCGGAGUCACCCGAGUCAGCGAGUGGGCUGCCGCUCCUCACGUCGUAAAGAAGAAGAUCGGGGAAUGGAGGUGCGUCAUCGGCUACCGCAGGCUCAACGCGGUCAUGGCAGCAGACUCCUACCUCUUUCAACGCAUCUGGGAGCAUCUGCGACGGGCCGCCGGACAGAGGUACUGCUGCACGCUAGACAUGAACUCAGGGUUCUGGCACGUGCCAGUCGGGGAGGGGUGCAAGGCGCUCACCGCCUUUAUAUCUCCGACUGGCCUUUUCGCGUUCAAUGUCGUCCCAUUCGGCAUCAAAAACUCGCCCGCUGAGUUCCAACGCGCCAUAGAUUCCUGCUUCGCACCGCUGCUGGGAGAGAAUGCGUUCUGCUACAUUGACGACAUCGUCAUUUGCGGACAGGACUUCGACAGCGUACUGCGGCGGGUUAAGCUCUUCUUAGAACAGUGCAGGAAGACCCGUUCUUCUACUUGCUCCUGGACAAGAGCGAGUGGUUCAAGGAUGAAGUGA